AGGUGAAGCAGGAACCCCCGUGGGCGUGUCCCCGGCGGGGCUCGGGUCCCGGCCUCGCGCGUCCAGGCGGCGCUCCCCAGCCUCAGGGCCUUUAAGUCUCCGUGGCUCCGUGGAGGGAGAUUGGUUCGGUUUGAUUACUUUAGGAAAAAUGACCUUGUCAGCCCAACAGAUACUCAGAUGGUUCAACUCAAUUAAGUCGAGCCACUUCAUUAAUGCCACACAACUCACAAAACGUUUUCCAAGACCAGGGAAAACAUGGUUACAAAGCUCUUCUGCUUGGCCUCAGAUGUCCUCUGACAAUUGUUUUCUCCAGUGGGGAUUUAAGACUUACAGAACUUCCUCCUUAUGGAGUAAUUCCCAGUCUACCAACUCAAAUAGGCAAGAGAAUAAUUCUGCCCAAAGCACUCUACUUCCUUAUGUGAAUGAGCAGUCAGAGAAGACACAGAAGAUGCCCUGCUUUGACUCCGACCUGACUCUAGAAGAACUGGACGAUUUGCCUCCCUUGUCUCCAUUGCAUCCACUUUCUGAAGAAGAGGCUGUUCAGAUUGUUGCACACCCUCCACUGCCUCCAGAUUCAUUCACACUUCGAGACUAUGUAGAUCAUUCUGAGACUCUGCAGAAGUUAGUGCUUUUAGGAGUGGAUUUGUCCAAGAUAGAAAAACAUCCGGAUGCAGCCAACCUUCUUCUAAGACUGGAUUUUGAAAAAGACAUUAAGCAAAUACUCCUGUUUCUCAAGGAUUUGGGUUUAGAGGAUAACCAGUUGGGAACAUUCCUGACUAAAAACUAUGCUGUUUUCUCUGAAGACCUUGAAAAUCUUAAGAUCAGGGUGGCUUAUCUACAAUCAAAAAAUUUUAGUAAGACAGAUAUUGCACAGAUGGUCAGAAAUGCCCCAUUUCUGCUGAAUUUUUCAGUGGAAAGACUGGAUAACAGAUUGGGAUUUUUUCAAAAAGAACUUGAACUUAAUGUGAAGAAGACUAGAGAUCUAGUUGUUCGUCUUCCAAGGCUACUAACUGGAAGUCUGGAACCUGUGAAAGAAAAUAUGAAGGUUUAUCGUCUUGAACUUGGUUUUAAACAUAAUGAAAUUCAGCAUAUGAUCACCAAAAUCCCAAAGAUGCUAACUGCAAAUAAAAGGAAACUUACGGAGACUUUUGAUUAUGUUCACAAUGUGAUGAGCAUUCCCCACCACAUCAUUGUCAAGUUCCCACAGUUGAACAUUGGGAAAGAGGCCUCGAGGUUAUGUGCCAUGCCGAGUAUUAUCACUGUGUCUGGUACAAGCAAGAGGAGAGCUCCAGAACUCACACUAAUAGGUCAUCUGGGUCUUUCCAGAAGUCUCCCAGAUGUCUUGACCUCUUGCACAGGUAUUUAACACAAGGUUGUUUAAAAUCAAAGAAAGACACCUAUUUCUUACCUAUUUGGGAAGAGCACAGUAUGAUCCAGCAAAACCUAAUUACAUCUCUUUGGACAAAUUAGUAUCUAUUCCUGAUGAAAUAUUUUGUAAAGAG